CACCCUCCCCCCCCGCUGAGAGGCAAUGGACUCGCCUGAGAGCGCUCUGCUCUACGCCGCGCACCCCCAACCCCCCACGAUGGAGAAAUGAAACGGAUGGGACCGGUCCGGCCGCGCCCCUCAACGGCCCCUUUUCCCCCACCACGGAGAGCAUCAAACGCGCCCGGCGCGGAACCCGCCCCCCGCCCCCCCAGGAUGGACAGCCCCAGUUCCCACAGCCUCUCCUCAUAAGGAAGAUGCUCCAGUCCCCUGAUCAUCUUGGUGUCCCUGCGCUGGCCUCUCUCUAGAAGUUACCUGUCCCUCCUGUUGCCAUUCUGCAGGACAGAGGGCCAGGCAUCUAUCAACAGCCAGCACAUGAACCUUGUUUCAUUCUCCCCGAAGGCCAGAUGUUUGUUCCACUUAAUCAUGGGGUUCAGAUGAUUGCUCAGUAGGAACUUAGGAAACUUUUUUACCUUGUUAUUUCAACAACGAUGGCAAAAUGUAAGAAACGCAGACGACAACGGAGAGCCAGGGCAAAAUUUCUACUGGGAAAAAAAGCAGAUGCUGCAAAACCCCAGGGCACAGGUUGUCCUUCUCUACGGUCAGCAGGUGAUCUUCCUCUGAACACAUCAUCUGUCCCAAGCCAUCUGUCCUCAUUCUGGUCAUCAGCCUUGCCCAGUCUAAAAAAUGUGGUGAACCACUUUAGGACAACAGUGUUAUUUCUGUGUUGUUGGUGCCAGAAUACAGUUGCACAGGGUUUUAUGGUGAUUAAAGACACCGUAUUUCCAUCACAAACCUACUUAAGAGAGCUAAAUAGGCUCAGAGAGCAGCUGAAGAAGCUGGAAACUGAAUUUUCCAGACUAGAAGGAGCACUCCAGAUGAAUGGAACUGCAGCCUUGUCUUCAGAAAAUUCUCUUUGUCAAAGGUGUAACAAAGCAGGUCUGGGUGCUGCUGUACAAAUGCCCAUAGGUCAGCCAUCGUCACUACCUGGCCCUUCCACAACACAGCUGCAGCCUGUAUCUGCACCCCCACCACCACCACCUCCUCCUCCUCCUCCACCACCACCACCACUGCCUCCACCACAACUGCCCCCAGCACCUCUCCUCCUCAAAGUGGGCCAUGCCUCUAAAGCCCUUCUGGCACCAUCACUAAAACCUGAGGGGCCAGCACAGAUCACUCUCAAAGAUCUCCUGAAUGUGAAACUGAAGAAGACAGAUAGCAACCUGAGAAUGGGCAAGGCAGAACCACUGGUGGGGACACGCAGGGCGUUAGUCACAGUCUCAGAUUUACAGAGCAUUACUCUGAGACCAAAACGCAAGCUGCCAGCUCACCUUACAAACUCCUCCAUUACCUCUCCUGAAAAGCAGUUAGAUCUUCGAAAACAUCUGAAGAAAGUCAACAUACAAAGAAGCCCUGGAGGCACUCCACUGAGUAGCAAAGAAAACAUUGACUGUGGCUCUGGGCUGACACCAAUCAUGACGCGGGCACUACGGCGCAAGUUUCAGACAGCUCAUCCCCUGAGCCCCUCUCCUACCCGGCUGAGUGCUGCCAACAGCUUUGAGGAACACGGGUAG